AUGGGGGUGCUGCGUCAAGGGGUGCUGAGCCUGCGGGUGCUGAGCCUGGGGGUGCUGCGUCUGCUAGUCGUCCUCCGGGUGCCUCGCCACUGCGGUUUAGAAAGCGAGAGCCUCUCUCGCCAUAGCAGCUGCGGGAGUGGUUCGCUCAGCGCACUCGCCUUCGGAGUUGCGCUACUGGAGCUGGAGGCGCUUGCACUGGAGACGCUGGAGCUGGAACUGGAGGUGCUGGAGCUGGAGGAACUGACGAUGGGGGCGCUGGAGCUGGAGGUGCUGGAGCUGGAGGCCCUGACGAUGGAGGCGCUGGCGCGGGAGGCGCUGGAGCUGGAGGUGCUAGAGCUAGAGGCACUGGCGCUGGAGGCGCUUGAGCUGGAGGCGCUAGAGCUGGAGGCGCUGGAGCUGGAGGCGCUGGAGCUGGAGGCACUGGCGCUGGAGACGCUCGAGCCGGAGGCACUGGAGCUGGACACACUGGCACUGGAGGCGUUGGAGCUGGAGGUUCUGGAGCUAGAGAUACUGGAGCUGGAGGCCCUGUGCAGCAGCGACCACUCACCGCUGCCUGCCCCACCUCGUUACACUGAGCAGCCAGUCUCCCUUUCAGAGUGUCGUGAGCCUGCGUCUCGUCCUGCCUCCCCUGUUUGCACUGUUCGCCGUGCUCGUCGUGUCCCUCGUCCGCGUCCUCCUCCUGUGCCAGGUACUCACACUAUGGCACUUCGUCCUUCCUCUGCUCCACAGCGCGUCCCUCUGCCGUCUCCUCCUGCGUCCUCUCUUCAUGACGUUCUAGACUCUGAGUCUGACCAUGUUUUUGCUGCUAGUCCCACUGUCACGCGUCUCCUCGCCACAGUCAACACUAGCCUGACGUUUGAGUCUACUACUACGUCUGCCUUAGUUGCUGAGCUUGUGGACUUUGCUGCUGCGUGUCGUCUAGACUACGCCGCUAGUCUUGUUGCUGAGUCUGAGUCUGUCUGUCCUCCGUCCGUCGGGGGUGAGUGUGCUAUUGGCACGGACGUCCUUGAGGAUAGGCAGGAGGACUUUGAGUGUCUUGCAGCUGCUGUACCUCAUCUUGUGGCCUGGCUGCUUGCACUUGAGGGAGACCCGGAUGCACUGGACAUCCCGACCCCGCGCUCUUACGCAGAGGCGAUUUUGGGUCCCUACUCCUCUCAGUGGCAGACUGCCAUGGACGCAGAGAUGGCAUCCUGGAAGUCCACAUGCACUUACGUCGACGCAGUUCCCCCUCCUGGGGCGAACAUAGUCGAUGGCAUGUGGAUUUUCACGGUGAAGCGGCCGCCGGGUUCUCCGCCUGUCUUCAAGGCUUGUUACGUUGCUCGAGGCUUCAGUCAGCGUCAGGGAGUUGACUACUUCCAGACCUUCUCCCCUACCCCGAAGAUGACCACUUCCAAGGUGCUGCUGCACGUUGCCGCUCAGCGUGACUACGAGCUUCACUCUCUUGAAUUCAGCACAGCUUUCUUACAGGGCAACCUGCACGAGGAGAUCUGGCUGCGCCGCCCACUUGGCUUCACUGGGUCGUUUCCUGAGGGUAUCCAAUGGAGCCUCAGGCGGCCAGUCUACGGUCUCCGCCAGGCACCUCGUGAGUGGCACGACACACUGAGGAUGACGCUUGCGGCUCUCGGGUUUGCUCCUUCGACUGCUGACUCGUCGCUGUUUCUGCGCACCGACACUUCGCUGUCGCCGUUCUACAUCAUCGUGUACGUCGACGACUUGGUCUUUGCCACUGCUGACACUGAGGCAUUGGCCCGUGUGAAGUCGGAGCUGCAAAAGAGACACACGUGCACAGACUUGGGCGAGCUGCGCAGCUAUCUUGGCUUUCAGAUGACUCGGGACAGAGCACGCCACACAUGGUGCAGCAAGUCCUUCAGCGCUUCGGCUUCGAGUUCUCCUCACCACAGUCCACUCCUCUGCCUACCGGUCACUCCCUCUGAGCUCCACCUUCAAACGAGUCCGUAG